AGCACAGCCGGACUGGCAGCGUGAGGGGCCAUGGCGACCUACGUGCAGCUGAACACCGGAGCCAAGAUGCCCAUCCUGGGGCUGGGCACCUGGAAGGUAACAGCUUGAGAGAAAACCACUCGGACUGCACAGCUCCCUGGCACCAAGCUCGCUUGCUUCUGCUCGGCCUGCCUGUGGGACUGAGCCUGUGUGAGAGAGGGGCUAUGCAGAAAUGGAUGGAGGAAACAGGCAUUCACACUGCACUGAUUUGAACUGCUAAAGGCAUCGUUUUUAGUCCCCACCAGGGCAAGUGACAGCUGCAGUGAUGGCUGCAAUCGAUGCUGGAUACCGCCACUUUGAUGGUGCCUAUGCGUACCAGAACGAGAAGGAGGUUGGGGAUGCGAUCCAGCAGAAAAUCAAGGAAGGCGUUGUGAAACGAGAGGACCUCUUCGUUGUCAGUAAGCUGUUUUCCACAUUUCAUGAAAAACAUCUUGUGAAGGGAGCCUGCCAGAAAACUCUUGCUGACCUGAAACUGGAUUACCUGGAUCUCUAUCUCAUCCACUGGCCUUCUGGCUUCAAGGCAGGAGAUGUCCUGUUUCCCACAGAUGAAAAUGGCAUGAUUAUACCCAGCAACACCGACCUUCUACAAACAUGGGAGGCCAUGGAAGAGCUGGUGGAUGCUGGCCUGGCAAAAGCCAUUGGCAUCUCCAACUUCAACCACGAGCAGAUUGAAAGAAUCUUGAACAAGCCAGGACUGAAAUACAAGCCUGCAAACAACCAGAUUGAAUGUCAUCCAUAUCUGACCCAGGAGAAGCUGAUCAACUACUGUCAAUCCAAAGGGAUUGCUGUGACAGCAUAUAGCCCCUUUGGCUCUCCUGACAGACCAUGGGCUAAGCCAGAGGAUCCUUCUCUUCUGGAUGACCCCAAGAUUAAAGAGAUUGCAGCCAAGCACAACAAAACUGCAGCACAGGUUCUCCUUCGCUUCCACAUCCAGAGAAACGUGAUUGUGAUCCCCAAGUCCGUCACACCACAGCGCAUUGUGGAGAACUUCAAGGUCUUUGACUUUGAAUUGACUAAAGAAGAGAUGGCAACCCUUCUCAGCUUUAACAGGAACUGGAGGAUCUGUCAAUUCAUCCAGACCAAAACACACAAGGAGUACCCUUUCCAUGCAGAAUACUGAUGCUGUUUGUAACCUGGCCUUCACUAUACCCCUGGUGUUUCAUGUGCCUCUCCCCUAGCUUUGAGCUCUGUAUCCAGCUUUCUUAAUGCGGCUGUCCUGAUGCUGCCAGUGAAGUCAAAGGACAUUUAUUCCAUUGAUUUUGUCUGACUUUAUUCUUUGGAAGAUGGAAAGAGAAGAGUUCAGUAGAAUAAGUUGUGGGAUGUAAUAAUUUCCUGCUUAUCAGAAGAGAGGAGGAUUACUGAAGUAUCUGGGCAGAACUGCUCAGCGGAAAAUGAGGACAUCUUGAAUGCAUGAACCACUAUUCAGCAAGUGCCUUCAGUCUUGCAUCAGCACAAACCAGAGGCUGAGAAUCCACAAGAGCAAACAGACAUCCACCACUGCAUGAGAAGGCUCACAUAUUUUAAAUAAAAGUAACUUUGAAAUUGGCUGGUUUAGCAAUAGGGAUUGAUAUAUCCUACUUUAAGGAUGACCAUAUUAGUUUAGCAAAAAGGAAUGUAUAUGUGCUGGUUCUAAAACUUUCCAGUUUAGCUUUGCUUGGUAUGUUAAUUAGACUUGUUUUUGAAUGAUCCUUGCUUCAUGGAAGCAACUAUAGACUUUUUUUAUCUUUGUAUCCACCAGGUGCAAGGACAUUUUCUGGGGUUUCAUAUAAAUCAUUUUGAGUUAUAGCGUGCCACAAUAGAAAGUUGCUCACUAUGGUGUAAGAAGCAAUGGAACUUUGUCAUUCCGGGGGAAAACAGCUAAAAUAUCAGCCAAAGAUCACUGUGAAGAAAAUGAGGAUGAAAUAAAGGGAAUACAGUAGAUGGUCAUAGAGCCAGACUACACAUGUUCAGAAGGACAUUACAAUAUACGGCAGGCUUACCUGCUCUUUUUCCUCUUUCAUGAAGGGAAACAAGGAAUAUCAAGAAGAAUGCAUUCAGGCCCUGUCUUGCAUUGUGGAUAGUGACUGCUGCACUCUGUUAGGCCAUGGAAUAGCUGGUUGAUGCUGCUUGGGUAAUCUCCAGCAUUGGAAUCUCCAACAUUAACCGCAAGCAGGCUAAAAUAAUCCAAAAUAAGCCAGGACGGAAAUAUGAACCCACGAACCAAGUAAGCUGCUAAUUGUGACCCCAGUGCAUAAUUCUCUGGGAUUGUAAAAUCAGAUUAAUGUUGCUUGAGAAUGUGGAAAGCGGGAGAAUAAAGUGGACACUCCAUACACUCCAAAUGCUAGUCUGUAGAGAAUUUUGGGUACAAGCUAGAUUGGGAAACUUCUUCAUGCUCUCAUCUUGCUAAAUGCCUGUUUACAAAAAUAGGAAUACUCAGUGAAACACUCUUCAUUUUCUUUUUUUUAUUGAAAGGGGAGAGAAAGAAAGAUUUUCAUCUCCUCAACAUUAUAAACUCUUCAGAACAUAAUAUGCAAUUCAAUCUAAGAGACUGGUGAGGAAAUUCCAUAGCAGCGAUGCUGUAACACACAGGUUUAAUUCUGUCCCUGUGAGUACAAACAUUAAAAUACACCCUUCAUUCCA